UGCCCCGCCCACAGGCCUCGCAGUCGCCGUGGACGCCGUUCUUGCGCAUGGAGUCGCCAUUUUGGUCCUAGAGAAGCCGCCUGGAGAGCCGGCGCUUUCUUCCUUCGGCAGCCGAGGCUGCGGCGGGGCCGGGGCUGGGGUCGGGGCCAGACCAGCCACUCUGUCCUACACUACACCAUAAAGCAGGGGUCAGCUGACUUUCUGUAAAGCACCAGAUAAGCAGCGUUUUCAGCUUGAUGGCCGGCACUCAACUCCAUCAUUGAAUCCAUGGACAGUUGGAGGAAUAUUGUUGUCAGAGAAUAACAGGAGGUUGUCCAUAAUUGACUUUAAGCAGCAAAACAGUAAAACUCUGAGCACUUCAGCUCCGCCUUUCUUGCUCUGAGAAUUGGAAAACCAAGAAGGUUUUGAUGUUUUGUGUGGCGCCACCUGAAUUGGAAACCAAGAUGAACAUAACCAAAGGAGGUCUGGUGUUGUUUUCAGCAAAUUCUAAUUCCUCGUGUAUGGAGCUCUCAAAGAAGAUUGCCGAGCGACUGGGGGUGGAGAUGGGCAAAGUGCAGGUUUACCAGGAGCCUAACAGAGAAACAAGAGUACAGAUUCAAGAAUCCGUGAGGGGCAAGGAUGUUUUCAUCAUCCAGACUGUCUCAAAGGAUGUGAACACCACCAUCAUGGAGCUCCUGAUCAUGGUGUACGCCUGUAAGACCUCUUGUGCCAAAAGCAUCAUAGGCGUGAUUCCCUACUUCCCUUACAGCAAACAGUGCAAGAUGAGAAAGAGAGGCUCCAUCGUUUCUAAACUGCUGGCUUCGAUGAUGUGCAAAGCUGGUCUCACUCAUCUCAUUACUAUGGAUUUACACCAGAAGGAAAUUCAGGGCUUCUUCAAUAUUCCUGUUGAUAAUUUAAGAGCUUCUCCCUUCUUACUGCAGUAUAUUCAAGAAGAGAUCCCGGAUUACAGGAAUGCGGUGAUCGUGGCCAAAUCUCCAGCCUCGGCCAAGAGGGCUCAGUCUUUCGCGGAGCGCCUGCGACUGGGCAUCGCUGUGAUUCACGGAGAAGCGCAGGACGCCGAGUCCGACCUGGUGGAUGGACGGCACUCCCCGCCCAUGGUCAGGAGCGUGGCUGCCAUCCACCCCAGCCUGGAGAUCCCCAUGCUGAUUCCUAAGGAAAAGCCCCCAAUCACAGUUGUUGGCGAUGUUGGAGGAAGGAUCGCCAUCAUUGUGGAUGACAUCAUUGAUGACGUGGACAGCUUCCUCGCCGCAGCAGAGACCCUGAAGGAAAGGGGCGCGUAUAAGAUCUUUGUGAUGGCAACUCACGGCUUGUUGUCGUCAGAUGCUCCCCGGCUGAUUGAAGAGUCUGCCAUUGACGAGGUGGUGGUCACCAAUACGAUUCCACAUGAAAUCCAGAAGCUCCAAUGCCCCAAAAUUAAAACUGUGGACAUCAGCAUGAUCCUCUCAGAAGCCAUCCGUCGGAUUCACAAUGGGGAGUCCAUGUCCUACCUUUUCAGAAACAUAGGUUUAGAUGACUGAACAGCUUUCCUUUAUUAAAACUCUGGAGGGCCAAACUGGAAAC